GUUGUUCCGUUGUUCUCGCAUUGCAGACUCGCUGGUACAAACGUGUUGACAUCAGCAUCCUGAACUGAAAGAGCAACAUGUCUACAAAUAAUGCGCCUCCACAGCCAACCACUCAAGCAGGCUCUCCUGUUGAAAGUGCGGUGACUGCUGGACAUCAGAUGGAAUCUGUGUCAGACGCGAAUCCCAAUUCAAUUCCAUCAACCACAUCGCCGUCUCAUGCUGAUAUACAAGAAGAAAUUAAGGAAGAUAAGACACCUGCAGUCGAAGCUCAGGCGUUACCUGAAAGCGAACGGCAAGAAUCAGUACCUGCUUCUAAUGACUUGGCUAAUGGCAGUCAUCACACGGAAUCAACAGAAGUCGAACCACAGGUACCAGAUUCCGGAAACUUGCCAUCAAUAGAUCCUCCUUCAGAAUCUUCCCCUAUGACUGAAGACGUGAACGAAGAUAAUGAUGGAGGAGCUCAGCCUAUGGAUACUGAUCCGCAGGUACCAGUAGAGGAAGUACAUAGCCAUCCAUAUACACCCACACAAGACGCUGCACCAUGGCAACCAAAGCAAGAAGAAAUUCCGGAAGUAUUACCCCAGGACACAACUGCGGCGAAAUCAUCAAUUCAGACAUCGGAACAAAGUUCGUCUUCUCAGUCAAGUGGGACUUACCGACCUUUGAAUGUUAGGGAUGCGUUGACUUACCUUGAUCAAGUCAAGGUCCAGUUUUCAGAUCAACCCGACGUCUACAAUAAGUUCCUGGAUAUCAUGAAAGAUUUCAAAAGUCAAGCCAUCGAUACUCCCGGGGUUAUUGAGCGGGUUUCUACUUUAUUCCGUGGUCACCCAACCUUAAUUUCUGGCUUUAACACAUUUUUGCCACCUGGAUACCGAAUCGAGUGCUCUUUGGAUAUCAAUGAUCAAGACGUGAUUAAAGUCACCACUCCCACUGGUACGACAACGACAAAAGGUGGAGCAUUGCUUCAGCUGAGCCGCGAAGGACAAACCUCUAAUGGAUCACCAUCAUACUAUGGUAACACGUACGAACCUGCUACUCACCCUACCUCCAUCGCACAUCAUGGCAUGCCGCAAUACCACGAAGAAGCCGGACCACAUCCCGGACCUGGCCAACAAGAUCAGCUUCCUCCCGACAAUCGACGAGCACCAGUCGAAUUUAAUCAUGCAAUUAAUUAUGUCAACAAGAUCAAAAACAGGUUUGGAAAUGAUCCUGAUACCUACAAGCAAUUUUUGGAAAUACUUCAAACAUACCAAAAAGAGCAAAAGCCUAUACAAGAGGUGUAUGCUCAGGUUCAAAUCCUAUUCAAGGAUGCCACUGAUCUACUUUCCGAAUUUAAGCAGUUCCUACCUGAAGUCACCGGUCAACCGGCAUCCUCCUUCUUCUUUGAUGACACUGCGUCUGUACGAGGAGGAAAGAAAGGUGUAUUGAUUGGUAGGAAGAAGAGAAAUACGUUGGAAAAUGGUGCGGAUGUGGCAAAGGGCGUAAAGCGAUCAAAGCAGCAUCAUAAGACUGACUACAGCGAAAUUUCUUCCGCCCGCGACGAGUCUUUUGGAAUAAUUGAGCCCAAACAGCCAUCCAUGUCUGCGCAAGAAACCGAAUUCUUUGAAAGAGUCAAAAAGCACAUCAACAAUAAGUCCACUUACAAUGAGUUCUUGAAAGUCCUCAAUUUAUUUAGCCAGCAAAUUGUGGAUCAAAACACACUAGUGGAACGAGUGCAAUCGUUUAUUGGAAACGACAAGAAGCUCUUCAAAUGGUUUAAAGAUUUUGUUGGUUAUAACGGAAAGGAUGAAAUAGUUGAGAAUAUCCCCGCAACGGCAUCCAAGCCAGAUUAUGUGCAAAGCAAGUCCUAUGGCCAAAGCUACCGACUGAUACCCAACUCUCUUCAAAAUGAGGCGUGCUCAGGCAGAGAUGCUUUAUGUCGGGAAGUACUCAAUGAUGAAUUUGUGUCGCAUCCCACAUGGUCUAGCGAGGAUAGCGGAUUUGUUUCAUCCAAGAAAAACCAAUACGAAGAAGCUCUCCAUCGUUGUGAAGAAGAAAGGUACGACUAUGACCUCAACAUCGAAGCAAACUUGAACACUAUAGCACUGCUGGAUCCCAUUGCAAAGAAAAUAUCCAUCAUGGCAAACGAAGAAAAAGCCGAGUUUAAACUGCCGCUUGGCCUCGGAGGACCUUCAAAGACCAUAUACCAACGAAUCAUAAAAAAGAUAUAUGGUCAUGAGCGUGGCUUGGAGAUCAUAGAGCUUUUGCAUGAGAAUCCAGCACAAGUGGUACCAAUUGUGCUGAAGAGAUUACGACAAAAGGAUGAAGAGUGGAAACGAGCUCAGCGUGAGUGGAACAAGAUUUGGCGAGAAGUCGAUGCCAAAAAUUAUUAUAAAGCAUUAGACUACCUUGGUAUCAACUUCAAGGCGCUUGACCGAAAAUCGAUCACUUCUAAAGCUUUGAUUACUGAGGCCGAAACAUUGAAGCGCGAGCAAUCUGAAAAAAUGUUACGAAGCAAGUCCAUACCCUCGAUUAAGCCCUCUGGCCUAUUCCAUCACCAGUUUCGAUACAAUUUCCCCGAUAAGGCUCUAUUCUCAGAUGUGACCCGCCUCAUCUUUUCAUAUUUGGACCGACAAACUGGUAUAUCCAACAGCGAUUGCAACAAGAUCCGAGAGUUCUCCACUUCAUUUGUUUCUCACUUUUUCGAUGUGGAGAAUGUCAAUCCUGAUUUGAACAAAAAGGCUAUGGUCGAAGAUGAGGAUGAAGCCAUGGCUGAUGAAAAGGAUUCUCAGUCUGUUAUAUCGGACGAUUCUGAUGCAUCCACGACUGGCAGAGGCUCAGCUCGCCGGCGGCAAAACUAUAACCGCAAAUCGAACAGUAAGGGUCUUUUGAAAGAUGCAACCAGGCGAAGGAGACAUGCUGGACGAACGCAAUCCCCUGAAACUACCGAAAAGGAGGCUACAGAAGAUGAGGCGGAUGUUAAGGCUGAGGAUGAGGAAGAAGAGGAAGAAGAAGACUCCACUGACGUUCAAAUGGAGGAGGCUCAAGUAGCUCCAACAGAACCGGUUGAAAAAGCCAAGAGCGAACCUCAGGCUGAUCCAGUACCAAAUGCGCAGGAGGAAACUUCUGAAGAUCAAGUAUUGAAUGCAGCCGCAGCAGCUACAGCUCCAGUUGUUGAGCAGCUCAAAGUUCUAAGUAUAUUUGGAAACAAUCCAUUUUAUUGCUUCUUAAGAUUAUACCAGUUGGCUUAUCAACGCCUUGGCAGCAUGAAAAAAAUCGACGCCGAGUUCAAAGCGGACCCUGAGAAAGCUAAGAAGGAGAAUAGAGCGGCCAUUGAACUGGGUGUGUCUAGUGCUCGCCUCGAAUCAAUUGAUUUGGAUUUCUCUCAAGGCUACUACGAAACGCUUUUGGAUUUAAUUGACAAGUUCUUCGAAGGCGAUGUUGAUCAGCAGUCAUUUGAAGAAUGCUCACGCCACAUCUUUGGAACCAAAGCUUAUCUUGUUUUCACCAUCGACAAACUUGUACACAUCCUUGCAAAGCAAAUUCAUACCCUUGUAACCGAUGAAAUUUCCACCGCGUUGUUGUCUGGUGAUCGCCUUUUUGAUUUGGCCACCACCAAGUCUGUGUAUGAUUACAAUAAGUAUGCAGAAGAGCUUGUUGGCAAAGACGAGAAUAUCUAUCAAGCAAACUUUGACGCCAACAAGCGAAUUUUGACCAUCCAGCUGCUGGGUAAAGAUGAUAUGAACGAUGACACCAAUGCAGAAGAUCGUUAUGAAAGCUAUGUCGCUAGUUACAUGGAUUGGAUCAAAGACACCGAAGGCGUUGAUUACAAUAAGCUACGACAACCAUAUUUGAAAAGGAACGUGCGUCCAAACGUCAAACUUGAACAACUUAGCAAAGCCUUUGUUCAAUCUGGCAUGCAGUACAAGAUUUGUCGCAAUACAUACCAUAUGUUCUAUAUCAUUGGCUCAGAGGAUGUAUUUGUAAGACCACACAAGACGUCUCAAAAGACUGACAGCAUAAAACGCACUGAAAAGUUCCAAGCAUGGUUAGAAUCGCCCAUGGGCUGGGCCCGUGAUCUAAGCGACGAUGAUAAGGCAUCAAAACAAGCUGAAGCUGAAGCCUUGUUCAAAAGUAGUGACGAGCAGACAGAAGAAGCUGGAAAAUGAAAAAAUUAAAACAACCUCAAUCCAGAUGUAAUUAUCAACAGAGCCUUCCUGUUUCCGCUCAAUCAAUAUGGAAAAUAAAAGAGGAAAAUUGCGAUGCGCUUUAUAUUGCAAAUAGGAAUUGUGUGAGAUCUAUAGCAUUUUACAAACAAGAUACCGGGUGAAUGUAAAAAACAGUGGAAUGAAGGGAUAAGGUAGUAUAUGGGAAGAGAGAACAAUUAAGAAGGUUGUGCGACAUCCGCGAUGUUCUGUGAAUAUUUACAAGAUUCCCCACAGAUCCUCAACAGCGCAAGCUAUUUUACCACAUGCAACCGAAGCCGACAAUGAGUAUUCAGAAACACCAAUCUUCUCGUCUACA